AUCAGAUGAGCGGCCGGGUAACGCCGAGGAAGGGGGGGUGCGCAGUCGGUCGGUCGGCGGAAAACGGUCCGAAAAAUUAUAAUAAUAAUAAAAUAAAAUAUCCGCAGAUUAAUCAGUAAUAAGAGAGUACAGGCGGACGACCGUGUACCGACGAUUUCUCGACGACCGACCCCCUACAGCUCCUCCUCUCUCUAUACGCUAUAUAGGAAGUUAAAGGUCACUGUCUGCGCGCUCCCGUUUUUGUUCUUGGGAAAAAAAAGGCCGCGGCUAUUCGCGAGCUCCCGUUUUUAUUCCCGUAUUUUGACGCAAAUAAAUGGGUGAUUACGGCUUCGGCUUGUUACAGACAGCGAGUCUCGACAGCGGCAGCGCACUGUUCGGCGCUUUCAGAUCGUCCUACUCGAGCCUCUCCCCGGUCACCGGUGACCUCCUCCUCCCCGCCGCCUCUCCGCCGUCUCUCUCCCGCAGCAGCAGCGCAGCAGCGUCCCCGCUCUUCCCGUCGGCCGCCGCGCCCCGGCGAAACAUGCAGGAUGAGCCCGCGGGGGUGACAGCCUCGCGGCGUCAGGUCGCGUCCACCGAGUCGAGCGACGAGGCCGGAAACGCGGCGGCCGAGCGAUCACCACCCACCGGCGGCGGCGGCGAAAACGGGACCGGUCAUACCCACACGGACUACGACUUCAGCGACUAUAAGGCCGGACAAGGCCGCUUUGGUGCUGUCGCGUCACUGCGUGACCUUGAGAGAGAAAGGAACGAAAAUCAGCACGCAGACUCCGAGUGCGCCCCCGAAGGCCCCGGUCAGCUCCCGGAGGACGCUCUGACCGAUGCUGCGGCGCCCUCGAGCGCAUCCGUGAGUCCCAACAAGGUCCAGAUCCGAAUGGAGCCCACAAGUGCGCAUCUCGCGGCGGCCUUCACGAGCCUCCCGCAUCACGAGACCUCGGCUGCUUCCCCCUCCCUGCCCGGGUUCGGUGCACCGUGGUCAGUGCACACCAGCUCCCCCCCGCCGCCGGUAUCCAACAGCGGGAGUCACAUCAUGCCUGGUACCGAACCCGAUGCAGGGUUCUACCCAGGAAUCCCAUCCUCGGUGAAUCCCGGCUUCUUCCAUAGCUUCUCUCCCGGUGUGAACGCGCACGGGUUCGGCGCUCCUUUCUCGCCGCAGAUGGGCGGCGCUCCGCCGCAGCACGCGCCCAGCCGCCGCUCCCCGCUCAGCCCGCAGCACGGCACCUUCCUGCAGCAGAGGAACAGCUACAACCAGCAGCAGCCUAUGAUGAAACAGUCUCUGUGGGGCAGCGGCUGGAACACAGCGGGCGUGUCCUGGGGCAGGGACCAUCGAGGGCGUGGCGUUGGCAUGGCCGUGCCCGUCUCGCUUGGCCAGAUCUCGCCCAUGAAGAAGCCGUUCAGCAGCGAGAGCGUCAUCGCCCCACCCAAGUUCCCACGCUCUGGAGCUUCGAUCGGCCCUAAGACCUGGAGCGAUGACAACGUGUUCCGCACCGACAACAACAGCAACACACUGCUGCCUCUGCAGGAUCGGAGCAGAAUGUAUGACAGUCUGAACAUGCACUCACUGGAGAGUUCUCUAAUCGACAUCAUCCGGGCCGAGCAGGACCCUCUGAAAGGCCGCAUGGGAUGCCCGCAUCCUGGCGCCGAUGGCCUGCUCAUGCUCAAUGCGAGGAGUUACGGCAGACGACGAGGACGCUCCUCCCUUUUUCCAAUAGACGAUGGUCUCCUUGACGACGGGCACGGUAACCAGGGCGUACCCGGAGUUCUGGGAUCUUCCGGUUAUCCGCAUCAGAACGGCGAGCGCAUCGAGAGGUUCUCACGGAAAGUGUUUGUGGGCGGCCUGCCACCCGAUAUAGACGAAGAUGAGAUCACCUCCAGUUUCCGGCGCUUUGGUCACCUGGUGGUUGACUGGCCACACAAGGCAGAGAGCAAAUCCUACUUUCCUCCAAAAGGUUAUGCCUUCCUGCUUUUCCAAGAGGAGAGCUCGGUGCAGGCACUGAUCGAAGCCUGUCUGGAGGAGGACGGCAAACUGUACCUGUGUGUGUCCAGCCCCACUAUCAAAGACAAGCCUGUUCAGAUCCGCCCCUGGAACCUGAGUGACAGUGAUUUUGUGAUGGACGGCUCGCAGCCUCUCGACCCUCGCAAGACCAUCUUCGUAGGCGGAGUGCCCCGUCCUCUGAGAGCAGUUGAGCUGGCUAUGAUCAUGGACCGCCUGUACGGUGGCGUGUGUUAUGCCGGGAUCGACACCGAUCCUGAGCUUAAGUACCCGAAAGGGGCGGGCCGAGUUGCCUUCUCCAAUCAGCAGAGCUACAUCGCCGCCAUCAGCGCCCGAUUCGUCCAGCUGCAGCACGGAGACAUCGACAAAAGGGUCGAGGUGAAGCCGUACGUUUUGGACGAUCAGCUGUGUGACGAGUGUCAGGGGGCGCGCUGCGGAGGCAAGUUCGCGCCCUUCUUCUGCGCCAACGUCACAUGUCUGCAGUACUACUGCGAGUUCUGCUGGGCGAACAUCCACUCGCGUGCCGGCCGAGAGUUCCACAAGCCGCUGGUCAAAGAGGGAGCCGACCGGCCGCGCCAGAUCCACUUCCGCUGGAACUAACAAACGACAAGGAAGUGCGCCUCGAGCCCGAGCUAUCAGUAUAGAGCACCUAACAGUAUACAGUAUAUAGAGAUCUAUGGAUAUAUUUAUCUUUAUCUUUUGUAGCAGCCAGAAACACUACAUGCCUCAUUUGUUUCACCAAAUCACACACUUUUGCUCCUCUACCCUACCCUCAGUCCCUACAUCUCAGGCUUUUGUGGUACUUUGGUGUUUUUUUUUUUUUUAAAGGAGAUUAACAGAAAAGAGAUUUGUAGUUUUUUUUUUUUUCGAAUUAUUUUUAUAUGUCAGAUUUAACAAGUAGAUAUGAGAAUGUCUUUCGCAUGAGAGGGCAGUUGUCUGUCUGUCCGUCUGUCUGUCUGCUGCUAAACCCCCCGUGGGCAAAGUGCGCAAUUGUCUCUGGAUAAACACUUGAUGAUGUAAUCUUGGGGAGCCCCACCAUAGUGGUGUAAGCGCUACAGUGGGGAAAUCACGAACCCGUGCUGAGCUAUGAGUGUAUAAAUCUGUAAGCUCCCCUGCAGACGUAGAUGCCUGCCAAGGGUCUUUACCAAAGGUAGCAAAAGAAUACAAUAUUCUCACCUUUAUUUUGUAAAUUCUGGAAUGGUUUUGGGAAAAAAAAAAACAAAUCUAAUUUACACAAUUUUUAGCUUAUUUCAAAUGUAGUCAAUCAGCCAAGACCAACAUGUCUGAUGUCUGGAGUUUUGCAACAGCUCCGAGUCUAAUGUAGCUAACAAAUAAUGGAAUCUGACCCAAAAUCUUUUCCUUAAAUAUUUCCCUCAAACCACAUCAGAGUUCUGAGGUGGUUUUUGUUUAUUGUUAAAUAAAACUUCACAGUGUAGCUGCAUGAUGUAACAUUAUGCGGGCCGCCAUCUUGGACAACACUUUUUUUUUUUUCCUUAGCACAAUUUGUUAUCAUUCAUCCACUUUUAACCCUGCCUCCUACAGUUUGAGAGGAUAAUUGUAGCUGGACAUUAUGUAAGGAAUAAAACACAACAGGACGUGCUGUUAUGGGAGAAUAAUCAAUGACCAGGUGAAGUGAUGCAUAACCAUCCUCAAGUUGAUUAUUUUUCCAAUGCCAUUAUGUCCUGACGUGUUUUAUUCCUCUUAUAGGACAGCCAACGAUUACAGCGUUUUAUUUAUUAAAGAACGACACAUUGUACGUUUUAUCCAUUUAUAUUUACGUAUAAUGUUGCGGAACGUAGGUAAAGCAAGUUAGUUCAUGUUAUCACUAAUGUUAUAGCAGAUAUAAACAUAAGUUGUUCCCUGAUAAGGCAAAAGAUAUGCAAAAAUAUUUUGUAAAGUUGAAGACUGUCAAAGAAAAUUAAUCAACACCUCCUGAUCAAUCAGAUUCCAUAAUUCAAUAGCACUGUGGUAUACGUGGAUGAUAAUGUGGUUCCGUUUUAAACGAAAAUGGAUAUGUUUGGAAAUUUUUACGUUAAUUUUGGUUCAACACCAAACAUGCCUUGGCUGAUCGACUUAAUUUACAAUAAAUGGAAAGUUGCAUACCUUUGAUUUUUCUAAAAUUCUAAAUAUUUUUGACCUGCAAGAAGACUAUUACCUCAGACCUGCGGAUCUGGUUUUGUCGCAAUUUAAUCGUGAGCUACGUAUAUAAAACGCUUUGCUGCUAUAAUGAAUAACUAGACAUAUUAUUGCGAUAUCUAACGGCAUCUUUAACUGAAAUCGUUACCAAUUACAAUCGAAAUGCAGCGUGCGCUCUCACACGGGCGUGGAGGAAUGGAAUGUGAAACCGUACAUGCAUGUGUGUGUGUGUGUGUGUGUGUGUGUGUCUUUGCAUCGUUUGCAUGCGUUAGGCUUAUAGACAUGUUUCCAAAAAGACACAAAAGAUUCAUUUUAUUGAUCACUUACACUACGUAGCAUGAGAGAUUUAAAAAGAUAUUAGGCUCUCCAGUACAAGUUAAUAUCAAUAACAGAGAGCAUUAAGGAAUAUUGCGUUGAAAAUGCGUACUAAAAACCUUUGCAUGCUUCGAUAUGGUAAUUUGUUUACACAAAUAGCGUCAUUAGCGUCUUCGGUUAGCGCCAUUUAGUGUAUCGCUUAGUGAAGAAGCAGUGUGCCGUCCAGUGCUCUUGUACGUCUUGUCUGUGUGUAUUGUGUAUUCAUGUUGUUUUUUAGUUUAGAAGUAAUGUAGAUAGCAGAAUGUUACAAAAUCUCUGCUUUCAGUGCCUGCUACUCACACAGGUCAACUGUUGCUAGCUGAAAAUGACGUACCACACAGAUGAGUUCAUGUAUCCAAAAUACUGAAUUCAGAACCAGAAUUCAUUGAAUAUUCAUUGAAUACUGAGACAAAAAGAAGAAUCUCUAGAAAGUUAAACAUGUCUAGCAUAUUCAGUAGCUAACUCAUCUUUUUUUAGCCACACAGAUGAGCUAACGUAUCCCAAAUGCUAGUUUUGUUUGUUUGUUUGUUUGUUUGUUUUUCGUUUUGUUUUCCGGAAUUCAUGUUAACACUGUUGAUAAAACUUUGUUCUUCACUGGAGCAGUAAACUUGUCUCAGUUGACUCGGGGUUGAGUCAGAAAAAAGAAUCACUAGAAAGAUAAAACAUUAUAACUAGCAUAAUCAGUAGCUAGCUGAUGGCUUUUACCACAGAUGAGCUAAUGUAUCCAAAAUGUUGAAUUCAGAACCAGAAUUUAUUGAAUAUUCAUUGAAUACUGAGACAAAAAGAAGAAUCUUUAGAAAGUUAAGCAUGUCUAGCAUAUUCAGUAGCUAACUCAUCUUUUUUUAACCACACAGAUGAGCUAACAUAUCCAAAAUACUAGUUUGUUUGUUUAUUUUUUGUUUUGUUUUCCACAAUUCAUGCUAACACUGUUGAUAAAACUUUGUUCUUCACUGGAGCAGUAAACUUGACUCAGUUGACUCUGGGCUGAGUCAAAAAAAAGAAUCACUAGAAAGAUAAAACAUUAUAACGAGCAUAUUCAGUAGCUAGCUGAUGGUUUUUAUAGUUCAUGUAUCCAAAAUGUUAGGUUUUUACCAGAAUUCAUUGAAUAUUCAUUGAAUACUGAGUCAAAAAGAAGAAUAUUUAGAAAGCUAAACAUAACUAGCAUAUGCAGUAGCUAGCGGAUCUUUUUUUUAACCACGCAAAUGAGCUAAUGUAUCCAAAAUGCUAGGGCUUUUACCACAAUUCAUGCUAACAUGUAAAGAUCAUUGAGAAACCUUGUUCGUUGGAGCAGUAAACUUGACUCACUGAAUAUUGAGUCAAAAAGAAGAAUCGCUUGAAAGAUAAAACAUUAUAACUAGCAUAUUCACUAGCUGAUGGUUUUUACCACACAGAUGAGCUAAUGUAUCCAAAAUGCUUUUUUUUUUCUUUCAGAAUUCAUGUUAACACUGUUGAUAAAACUUCACUGGAGCAGUAAACUUGACUCAGUUGACUCAGGGUUGAGUCAAAAAGAAGAAUCACUAGAAAAGAGAACUAAUAACUAUAGUUGUUCAGUAGCUAGCUAAAAGGCUAAUUAGCGAUUGCCCAGCUAGCACAUUACAUAGCCUGAAGGACAGACAAUGUAGCUGACUUUACGCUACAUUUUACUACGCAUAUUUUGAAAGUUACAUUUGUAAGCAUAAUGCAGAGGUGCCAACAUUGUACACUUUAGCCGUAGCAUUUUUACGAUUUUUGACCCCUUGCUACAUGUGAUACAGGAGACAUAUGAUGAUUUUCAUUAUUAACUAGUGCAUAUGUUGAAGUUUAUCUCACUCUUUUCUAACUGUUUCUUGGCGCAAAUCUGAAAAGCAAAAUUGUAUAUUUUACUAUAUUUUAAUAUAUUUUUUCCUGCUAAGAUUUUCUUGUUAGCGAUGUUGACGCCUCUGCAUUAUGUUAAAAACCAAGCAACAUUUCUUAGCGCAUUAUGAGUAACACACAACAUCCUUCAUCCAGUGAGACUACACUGUGUAAAAAACGACUAUCAAGAAAUUAGGAGAGAUCGUUUCUCAAAAUGGCCGACGUUCUAGUGAGUCAUUAAUUGUAUCGCUAACUAGACGUCAGUUCUAGCUUUAGCUAUGUAGCUAUGAGAGUGUGUGGAGGUGAUAUUUGUCUUAUGUGAUGGCUGAUGUGCUUGUCUUCUUCUCUCCAACUAUCAACACGGAUAGAAAUGUUGACAAAUAACUAAGAGGAGACGUUGAUUAUAAUUAGAAAUAUAGGAGCAGAUGGACCUAAAAGCAGGAUUUUUUUGUUUUGACUUUUUAAAAAAAUGCAACCCAAUCGAUAUUUUUUACUGAGUUUUUCGUAGUGGUCUGCGCAGAUUUUGUCGUCUCGUCUCUGUAAUGAAGUGGAACUCUGUAGACAGUGUUAGGGACAAUCUGUGUGGAAGCAAUGAAUGCCGGCGCGUUACGCCACGUUUUGGUACUGUACUCAUUGUAGUCACUCUGUGCAUAUCUAGCUAGCUAGCUAGUUCGGCUCCUUUCUGUAUCGCUGUGCUUGUGGCGUUGGUGAUAUGUUCAGUGCCCUUCACGUGCUCUGUGAUCUGAUCGUUUGCGUCUGGCGUUUUUCACGUUUUUUGCGAUUGCGUGUUAUUAUUUAUUGCUAAGUAUUUAUUCACGUCCAUCGUCACAUGAUCACGUGCACUACUGUACUCUACGUCCAUAGCACAUCGAUGUUAUCGGAUUGAUAUUGAAGUCUACUGUACACUCCAACACAAAAAAAUGUAAAAGGAAAAAAAAACCUUCUUUAUUAACGUUUUAUUUUGUGUCUUUCAGACUACCUUUUUAUUAACUAUAACAAAUUAUUUAAUAAUGUUUAUUCGUGCUAACUUAUUUGAUAAAAUUGUUGGACACAAUAACGUGUGAUCGAGUUAUAUAUGGGACGUGAACGAUGAUUGAAGAGAGAAAAAAAUUGAACAUAACGUUAGGACGAGUGUCCCGAAGUCCACGAAGGAACGUUCCCGACAACAUUUAUACCGUCACGUAAUCCCUUUAACACUCUGCUGUAGCUGGAGUUUGUGCUCAGUACUGUGUCCUCCUCUCUCCGUGCAACGCCUGUUGUUUUUUUUUCGUUUUGUUUUUUUUCUUGUCUUUUGUACGAAGUCGUAUUUAUUUCUAUUUUUGUAGAUUGGAUUGUAUUUUUCUAUUUCACUUAUUCUUCAUUUUUUUUCCCCAAUUAUUUAUGAUUCAGCAGGGUUUUGGUGGAAAUAUAUUAAAAGAAAAAACAAGCUAAAUCAAACCACCCAUGCAAUUAUGUGUAUAGUCAUAGAUUCAUUAAUAUAUAGUUGCUUUUGAACAUUUUAACGUGAUUAAAACUUAAUAUAUUCAGUUACUAUAUUAUUUGAAGGGUUUUUUUUAUUCUUAUUAUUAAUUUCAUGGAAAACACUUGAGCCUCUCUGUCUCUCCCCCUCACUGGCGUGCAGAAACUUGAACACACUUUGAAAGGCUGACUAACCUCGGAUCUGUGUCGUGUCGUGCAAUACUGUUUCUAACGUUUGUAUAAAAGAAUAGUGAGAAUUACAGUGUAUACCUUUUUAACGCAGAUUUAUUUUUGUCAUUGCCUAUUUUGCAGAGUUCCGAUUCACGGUUGUCAUUUUUUUACGGUCGGAAAAAAGAUGAACCCCUUUUUUUCAUUGCGACUAUUUUUAAAAACCCAGAUCUCUUUGUACUGAUGUAAAUGAUUGUAGUUUAUUUUGGAUAGCAUUUUGCUAAGAAAAAAAAAACAAAAGGAGACUUUUUCAUGCAUUUCUAUUUCAUUUCAUCUUGUUUUAUCCUUUUUUUAUUUCACUUUAAUAGUGGCGAAAAUACUUGGAAUAAUUUUUCAUAUAUGUCAUUAACAUUAUUUUGUAUUUUUAUGUGGAAAUAUAUAAAUAUCUAAUUUUAUGAUGCUAAUUGCUAAGAUGUUAUUCAUUUGAAUUAUUUUUCAAGCUGAGAUCUUUGUAAUAUUGUUAAUGUUACUAGUUUCUAAAUCAGAGUUUGUGUACAGAUCUGCUCAAGCGGUUUAUGAAGUGUUCGGAUUGUAAUUAUUACUGAAUGGAUCUUUGAUAUGCAAAAUGAAUAUGAUGUUGAUUUUUAUUUUAGUUUUUUUUUUUUUUGUAUUUAAAUGGGGUGUUGAUUACAAUCUUUAUUUCGUAUUUCAGUUUCAUGAAUAAAGAACUGUUCUGUUCGGACACA